GAUCGUUGUUGACCAGAGAGAGUGAAAAAAAAAAUAAUGGGUAAUGCAAGCAUAACGUUAUUGUGUUUCAGAGCCCUCAUGUUUCUCAUUCUUCCGUCACCGAUCGAUCUAAACGAGGAACCUUUUGAGCUUAAUCUUCAUGAAGAUAACAUGAACCUUGGUGUACAAGAAGAUGACGAAGAACGCAGGGCAGAUAAUUUUCAGGAGGAACCGAUAAUCCAUUCGAGAUAUUGGUUCGAGCAAGAAAUAGAUAAUGAUGUGAAAUGGUCCUUGGCUUUAGACAGUGUGGGGCUUGAAGUGUCAAGUGGGUACCAAAGUCUAGCCGUUCUUUUUACAAAACGAUUUGGAAAGGCUAUCGUGAUUGAUGGGCAUUUGCAAAACGCAGAAUUGGAUGAAUACAUUUACCAUGAAAACUUGGUCCAUCCUGCUCUUUUAAUACAUAACGAACCCAAAACUGUGUUUAUAAUGGGAGGAGGUGGUGGGUCUGCUGUAAGAGAGGUUUUGAAGCACAAAGACAUUGAGAAUGUGUUAGUAUGUGACGUUGAUAGGAUCGCUUCCGGUUUGAUCCGUGGGCAUUUCCCGGCAAAUAAUGAUGCCAUAAAUGACGACAGGGUUGAAGUUGUAUACAAUUAUGCAAGGAAAGAACUAGAGAAGUCCGAGGAGAAGUUUGAUGUGAUCAUAGGGGAUCUUCCUGACCCAGAUGAAUCAGGGCCUGUCCAUAUCUACACAAAAUCCUUUUAUGAGAAUGUUGCCAAACCUAAGCUCAAGGACAAUGGAAUCUUUGUCACUCAAGCUGGUCCCGCGGGAAUUUUUACACACAAGGCUGUGUUCUCGACAAUAUACAACACACUAAAGCAAGCUUUUACUUAUGUGAUUGCAUACACCGCAAUGGUGCCAUCAUAUGGAGACACGUAUGGUUGGAUUAUGGCUUCUGAUGAACCAAUGAAUCUUGAUGUUGAAGCACUGAACAACAAGAUAGGGGAAAGAAUGACGGGGGAGUUAAGAUAUCUCGAUGGGCCUGUCAUUGUGGCGUCUACGAUUCUGAACAAGACAUUGAGAAACUCACUAAUGGAAGAGACUCGUAUCUUAACCGAUGAAACGAUGACGGUGGGAUAUGUUCGCAAACCAGGAGUUCGCCGUUAUGAUGCUUAGUAUUAUUUUUGUUGUAGGCUAAUCCAGCUUUUUGGUGGCAAUUUGAACCAAAACUUUACUCUCAUAUUUCAUUACCGUUCAAAAUAA